AUGGGCAACUACAGUGCCUUGUCAUCGGUCAUCACUCCUGCCCUUCUAAGUCAAAUCGCUGAGGGCUAUCUUCCGUUCCCCAAGGACAAGGAACUCAGCUUCUCAGACGUUCAAUCUGACGAAACAACGGAACACUUCAAAAACGUCUGCCUAUCGAGCACUGCCAGAGAUGCUCUUGUCGCUCUCAGUCGGCUGAGUCCUGAUGCAACUCUGCCAGACUUGGACCUAAUGUCUCUCCUCCCACCACCCAAUGCUGUAGAAUUUCCGCAACAAUGCUUCGGGCUUCAACUUCUUCUUGAUCAAACAUCCAGAAUCUUCUUCACGGGUGUUGAUGCGCGAUGGCAGUCUGGUUACUUCGGGCCCCUUGGAAGACGUCUCGCAGGGCAGUGGUAUGCUUUACCAGAGGAUCAACAACCGUACAGGUUUGAAAGAUGGCAAGCUGCAGGAUGCAUUAGUUUUAGCUAUUGGGUAGCUACCCAAACGAUGUGGGCUGCUCCAUUCCUGCACGCAGAGGAUUUAGAGAGUCAAUCAAUUGGUCUGGAUCUAUCUGAAGAACUGCGCCGAACUGUUGAGAAAUACACCGGGGUGAAUGAUCCCUAUCGAAAAACGAGAGACGUCACUUUGAAAGACGACCUUCUCUUUCUGCAUGAGGUUGUCAAAGGUCCACCGGUCGAGGAUGAGGCCGAUAUCAGCAUGGCGACUUGGACGUACUGGUGGUGCAUGAUUCUGGAUGCUCACUGGCCCAUAAUCAAGCGAUUCGGUCGUUAUCCUUAUCGAAAUGCUGUUCUUGGUAGGGUUAGUACGGAGGAGGAAAAGAAGUGGUUGGAUGAUAUUGGUCAUUUUGGCGAGGCACCUCCUGAUGUUGCAGAACGGAUUCGAAGGGAUGUUGAGGAAGGGAAGUGGGCACCACUUGACUAA